ACGGAUGGACUGAGAGCCUGUGAUUUAUUGCAGCGUUGACCUUUCGUUAACACACCCCGCAGCCCACCUUCCCUUCCAUUCUAACCGCGGGGCGCAACUACCAAUAUCAUGGGCGACUACGGACGAGGAGCGUCAUCGCUCGAGACGCAAGCACUAACCACCCCGUCAUUGGCGGCCACCGAGCCCGACGAGAUGUCCGUGUUGGUAACAGGCUUUGGUCCCUUCAAAACGAACCUGGUCAAUGCUUCUUAUCUAAUCGCCUCAUCGCUACCGUCCUCCUUCACCUUCUCCGCAUCCACCCCAGGCUCCACGCCGUGUCGCGUCUCCAUCCACGUCCAUCCGUCCCCGAUCCCAGUCGCCUACUCGACCGUGCGCACCACCCUCCCCGUGAUCCUGGACGACUACGCCAAGGCCCACGAUGGCCGCCGCCCGGACUUCGUCAUCCACAUGGGCAUCGCCGCCACGCGGAACUAUUACUCCGUCGAGACCCAGGCCCACCGCGACGCAUACCUGAUGUCCGACGUCAAGGACCGAUCCGGCUACGAGGACGGGGAGCGUCUGUGGAGGGAGCUCGGCCUGCCUGCCGUUCUCACCGCCGGACGCGCGAGUGCCUCGGUGCCUGGGUCUGGGCUGUCGUCGUCACGGUCGUCGUCCGCGAAGAAGUAUCUGAACCCCCAUCCACCGGAUACGGAGUUCUUGACCACGUGGCAGUCGUUCGCGCGGCCCGGGAUGGAUUUGCGCAUCUCCAACGAUGCCGGCCGGUACCUCUGCGAGUUUAUCUUCUACACGAGUCUGUCGCUGGCCUAUCGGGAGGGCCAGGACCGGAAUGUAGUGUUCUUCCAUGUGCCCGGAUCUUGCACCGAUGAGGAUGUCGCCGCCGGGAAGGAGGCGGCCAUCGCGUUGAUCAAGGCUCUGGUGACCAGCUGGGUGGUCAGCGACAGCCAGGUCUAGGCGGGGUCGGACCUAAAGCAUUUGGAGGCUAGAUUGGAUUCGCUUAGCCUUGUCCUUUGUUAUAUUGUACUGGUACACCGCAUGGGAA